GAGAGAGAGUGAGAGAGAGUGAGAGCGAUGCUGCAGCUCCCAUCCUCCUCUCUCUCUCUUCAGUCUCCUGUAAACAGCAGUCAUGGCGACAGUGGUCCAACCGCUCACUCUGGAUCGAGACGUUGCCAGAGCUAUUGAGCUGCUGGAGAAGCUGCAGGAGUCGGGAGACGUUCCUGGUCACAAACUUCAGUCUCUGAAGAAAGUCCUUCAGAGUGAGUUCUGCACAGCCAUCAGAGAGGUCUACCAAUACAUGCAUGAAACAAUAACAGUCAAUGGCUGUCCGGAGUACCAGGCGAGAGCCACAGCGAAGGCCACCGUCGCAGCUUUCGCAGCCAGCGAGGGUCACUCUCACCCACGGGUGGUGGAGCUGCCAAAGACAGAGGAGGGCCUCGGCUUCAACGUGAUGGGCGGAAAAGAACAAAACUCCCCCAUCUACAUCUCCCGCAUCAUUCCAGGUGGGGUGGCGGAAAGGCACGGUGGCUUGAAGCGGGGUGAUCAACUCUUGUCUGUCAACGGUGUGAGUGUGGAGGGUGAGCACCACGAGAAAGCAGUGGAGUUACUGAAAGCUGCUAAAGACAGUGUGAAGCUGGUGGUUCGCUACACCCCCAAAGUGCUGGAGGAGAUGGAGGCUCGCUUUGAGAAGCUGCGCACAGCUCGACGGCGCCAACAGCAGCAGCUCCUCAUGCAGCAGCAGCAACAGCAGAACCUGUCUUCACAACAAAACCACAUGUCGUAGGGCGAUUCCAAAAAAGAAGAAGUGAUGGAGAGCGAGCCAGUUGGAUCUCAAAGAUCAGCGGUUGGUGUCGACACUAUCUCUCAUUUGUGAGGGAAACCAACGAGUAGAAGACUUUCCAUCUCCCUUCCAGUGUUGCAACGGUGACUCAGCAAAAAAAAAAAAGAGGCGUUCCUGAAUAUUUGGUGCUUUUGUUGAAGAGGAAAGCUACCGACGACCGUCCCCUUUUUGCUCUCCUGGAUAGUUCUGAAGUUCCUUUUCUAGUGUUUUCUUUACAGUGACGCUGCGGCCCUUCCUUCAUCUGUACAGUGGUGUUUCUGUUGACUCUUCAACUGGUGCUCGUGUCUCUGUACGAAAGGUCCCUUUUUCGUUCUGGCUUCAUUUUGUGUCCUGUUUUUGGAGAAACUCUUUUUUUUUUUUUACCUUCGAUGCUGUAGCAAGGACAGAUUUUGUAUCUUGUAGGAUUAGCAAUAACACACAGGUCGUUCUGUUUGACUCCCCACCGCUACAUGUUUUGCACUGUACGGCAGCUUCUGAGCCCAAAUCGAGCAGAGAUUUUUCACGUGGCGCGUACGACUCUCGUGCAAUAACGAGAAUUCUGCUCCAAAAUGAGAUUCAUCUGAGAGUUCAAGGAUCAAUCCUUCCAAAAAUAGACCAAGAGAAUGUUGGUGAAUGGAAAUAUUUUAAACCAUAUUUUAAAAGAGUUUAUGAGAGCAGAGAUUUAAUGUAAAGUCUAUUGUUUCAUUUAAAGCA